UGUGAGGGCCACACUGUUGCUUCAUGCCACUGUUGAGUUGGAUUUAAACCUGGAGAGCAGUUAUGAAGAGAACUCAUCUCAACUCCAGAUGGGCAGAGAGACGAUCUACUGUGGUUUAUGCGGUCCGCUCAGCCACACUGGGCUCCUGGAGGAUGCUCACCCUGGGGGCCGAGUACGAGGAUACCUGGGCUCCGUCACCUGACAAGAGUCGCCGUCCCAGUCCGGAGGACGAGCCGGGCCCUGUGGAGGGUUCAGACACCGGGGCUGGAGACCCGGAGGAGCCGUCGUGGGGGGCCGUUGACACCGGCACCGACACCGCGCAGAAGUAUGACGCAGUUUUACACCUGGACGGACAUAGCACAGGAAGGAGAGACGGCGUGCGUCACUUCGUCAAGAAGCACGAGACCCUGAACAACACGCCGUGGCCGCGCAGAAUGGCUCGCUUCGCAGAAGAUCUACCCACCCGCUAUGGAGGAAGCGCAGGCGGCGGAGGGAGAGGUGGACCGGGCGCCGGGAGAGGGGGAGCCCGGGGUGGUGGCGCUCCGGGUGGCCAGAGGGUGUACAAGCAGUCGAUGGCCCAGAGAGCCCGGACAAUGGCCAUUUACAACCCGAACCCUGUCAAACAAAACUGCCUGACCGUCAACCGCUCCCUCUUCAUCUUCCGCGAGGACAAUCUCAUCAGGAAGUAUGCAAAGCGAAUAACAGAGUGGCCUCCAUUUGAGUACAUGAUCCUGGCUACAAUUAUUGCCAACUGCAUCGUCUUGGCCCUGGAGCAGCAUCUACCUGCCAGCGACAAGACCCCCAUGUCAGAACGCCUGGACGACACAGAGCCCUACUUUAUUGGAAUAUUCUGUUUCGAGGCUGCCAUUAAGAUCAUCGCCCUGGGCUUCGCAUUUCACAAAUGCUCCUACCUCCGCAACGGCUGGAAUGUAAUGGACUUCGUGGUCGUCCUCACAGGAAUCCUGGCCACGGUGGGUUCGGACUUUGACCUGCGAACACUGCGAGCUGUGAGAGUGCUGAGACCCCUGAAACUCGUGUCAGGAAUCCCCAGUCUCCAGGUGGUGUUGAAGUCCAUAAUGAAAGCCAUGGUUCCUCUGCUUCAGAUCGGCCUGCUGCUCUUCUUCGCCAUCGUCAUGUUUGCCAUCAUCGGGGUGGAGUUUUACAUGGGCAAAUUCCACACCACCUGCUUCAGGAUAGACACUGGUGAGAGAGCAGCAGACUGGCCUUGUGGUCUGGAGCCCCCAGCAAGGACUUGUCCCAAUGGGACCGAGUGCAGGGAGUACUGGACUGGACCCAACUUUGGUAUCACCAACUUUGACAACAUCCUGUUUGCGGUGCUUACUGUGUUCCAGUGUAUCACCAUGGAGGGUUGGGUGGACAUCCUCUACAGCACCAAUGACGUAGCAGGAAACACCUGGAACUGGCUCUACUUCAUCCCUCUUAUCAUCAUCGGCUCCUUCUUCAUGCUCAACCUGGUGCUGGGUGUCCUGUCAGGAGAAUUUGCCAAAGAGAGAGAGCGUGUGGAGAAGAGGCAGGAGUUCCUAAAGCUUCGGCGGCAGCAACAGAUCGAGAGAGAGCUCACUGGAUACUUGGAGUGGAUCUGCAAAGCAGAGGAGGUGUUGCUGGAGGAGGAGGAGGAGAUUGCAGAGGAGAAGUCCCCGCUGGAUGGUGCGUGGUACAAGAGGAAACAAAACCUUCCAGUCCUGAAACGAGGCAAAGCCAAGAAAGGUAAAAAUGACCUGAUCAGUGCUGAGGAGGGGGAGGAUCCUUUUGCAGACAUCUCCUCUGUCGCUCCUCCGGGCUCUCCAUUUGGUCGGGCCAGUGUGAAAAGCAGCAGUAAGCUGGACAGCUCCUCCUAUUUCCGACGGAAGGAGAAGAGGACCCGGUUCUUCAUCCGCCGCAUGGUGAAAGCUCAGAGCUUCUACUGGAUUGUUCUGUGUCUGGUGGGCCUCAACACUCUGUGUGUGGCCAUAGUCCACUAUGACCAGCCCAAGUGGCUCACACAGGCCCUCUACACAACAGAGUUUGUGUUCCUGGGUUUGUUCCUGACUGAGAUGUCCUUGAAGAUGUACGGCCUCGGAGCCAGGAAUUACUUCCAUUCCUCCUUUAACUGCUUUGACUUUGGGGUGAUUGUGGGAAGUAUUUGUGAGGUGAUCUGGGACAUGAUUAAACCAGGAGCAUCGUUUGGUAUCAGUGUGUUGAGAGCCCUGCGACUGCUCAGGAUAUUCAAAGUCACUAAAUAUUGGAACUCGUUGAGGAACCUCGUGGUUUCCCUCCUCAAUUCCAUGAAGUCCAUCAUCAGCUUGCUCUUCCUCCUCUUCCUCUUCAUCGUGGUCUUUGCUCUGCUGGGCAUGCAGCUCUUCGGAGGACAUUUCAAGACCACGGAUUCAGGUUUUGGCAGGUUUAACUUUGAAGAUGAGACGCCAACGACAAACUUUGAUACCUUCCCAGCAGCCAUCCUCACUGUGUUCCAGAUUCUGACUGGCGAGGACUGGAACGCCGUGAUGUACCACGGGAUCGAGUCUCAAGGAGGCGUUCGCCGCGGCAUGUUCUCCUCCGUCUACUUCAUCGUACUCACGCUCUUUGGAAACUACACCCUCCUGAAUGUCUUCUUGGCUAUCGCUGUCGAUAACCUCGCGAAUGCACAGGAGCUGACCAAGGAUGAAGAGGAGCAGGAGGAGGCAGCCAAUAAGAAGCUCGCCCUUCAGAAGGCUUUAGAGGUGAAAGAAGUCAGUCCGAUGUCAGCAGCUAACAUCUCAAUCGCUGCUUUUGUAAAGCAAAAUCGAGAUGCACUCUCUCGCAGGUCGUCCAUCAACAGCAUUCAGUCACCGAGUUAUUCUGUCUACUCCUCCCCCGCCCGACGAAUCUUGAGUAAGGAACAACAGCGGUCAGCAAAAGCCAUGUCAGUGUGGGAGCAGAGGACCAACCAGCUGAGGAGACACAACAUGAGGGCGAGCAGUGAGGCCUUGUUCAACGAGCUCGACCCCGAGGAGCGCCUCCGGAUGUCCUCCGCCCUCCAUCUGCACCCUGACAUGAAGACUCACCUGGACCGACCGCUCGUGGUGGAGGCCAGAGACGGUGACAAACCCAGCAGACCUCCCGAAGGAGGACGGGAAGAGGCAGGGGAUCCACGGCAGGACGGGUCGGGUGACAACUUCCACACACACUCCAGGAAGCAUCACCGGCACCGCGAGAAGAACGGGGAGAGCAGGGAGGGAAGCGACAGCCUGGGAGGAGGGAGGCACCACACCCAUCACAGCCGGAGCAGAGAUAACGGCGACAGUGGCCAGAUAAAAGAGAGGAGAGGGGAGAGCAGCCACAGCCGUGAUGGAGGGCAGGGUCACAGGCACCACCACCAGGCGGGCUCCCCUGAGGAGGAGGCCAAUGACGUGCGAGGAGGAGGAGAAGAAAGGGGACAUCGCCACCAUCACUCCCAUCGUCCACCAAAAGAGGGAAAUGGGAUGAUAGUGAAUGGUGCACAGGGAGACCGCAGGGGGAAGGGGGGAGGAGGAGGAGGAGGAGGGGAUAGUAAUGGAGAGAGGAAGGGACGCUGCUCUCGUAUGGUCAGAGCUCAUUCCACACUGGAUGGAGACGACUGCAAUAGGAACAAGAAUGGAACCAAAGGUCAAUGGGAGAGGCAACCAGAUGCUGUGGAAGACGGCUUCGCCUCCAGUCCUUUGCGGCCAAUGCGGAGUAGCCUGAGUCUUGGAGAAAAGCAAGAGGAUGCUGACAAUCAGAAGAACUCCACCAGGGCCAGCCAGGCUGGCCUCAACAGCAACACCAUCCACAUCCCUGUCACCAUCACUGCCCCACCUGGAGAAACCACCAUCAUACCCAUGAACAACAUCGACUGCGACAACUUCCAACUCAGUGAAGAGAAGAAAGAUCUGGAGGAGGAGGAGGAGGCGGCUAAUGGGCCUCGGCAGAUCCUUCCCUACAGCUCCAUGUUCAUCUUCGGGCAAACAAACCCGGUGCGGCGGCUGUGUCACUACGUGGUCAACCUACGCUACUUUGAAAUGUGCAUCCUGAUGGUAAUUACCAUGAGCAGCAUCGCUCUGGCAGCCGAGGACCCCGUGCAAGCUAAUGCCCCACGCAACAACGUUCUCAAGUAUCUGGAUUAUGUCUUUACCGGAGUCUUCACUUUUGAGAUGGUGAUUAAGAUGAUUGACUUGGGACUGCUCCUCCACCCUGGCUCUUAUUUUCGUGACCUGUGGAACAUCCUGGACUUCAUUGUGGUCAGCGGAGCUCUGGUGGCCUUUGCCUGCUCAGGGACGAAAGGCAAGGACAUCAACACCAUCAAGUCCCUGAGGGUCCUCCGAGUCCUGCGGCCACUCAAGACCAUUAAACGACUGCCCAAACUGAAGGCGGUGUUCGACUGUGUUGUGAACUCCCUGAAGAACGUUCUUAACAUCCUCAUCGUCUACAUGCUCUUCAUGUUCAUCUUCGCUGUUAUUGCUGUGCAGCUCUUUAAGGGCAAAUUCUUCUACUGCACCGACGAGUCCAAGGGUUUGGAGAAAGACUGCAGGGGUCAGUUUCUGGUCUACGACAGGGAUGACGUGACAGCUCAGCCCAGAGAGUGGAAGAAGUACGAGUUCCACUACGAUAACGUCCUCUGGGCCUUCCUAACACUCUUCACUGUCUCCACCGGAGAGGGAUGGCCUAUGGUCCUGAAGCACUCUGUGGAUGCCACGUAUGAGGACCAGGGCCCCAACCCAGGUUUCCGCAUGGAGACAUCCAUCUUUUAUGUGGUCUACUUUGUGGUGUUCCCCUUCUUCUUUGUCAACAUAUUCGUGGCUUUGAUCAUCAUCACCUUCCAGGAGCAGGGAGACAAGGCCAUGUCAGAGUGCAGCCUGGAGAAGAAUGAGAGGGCUUGUAUUGACUUUGCCAUCAACGCCAAGCCACUGACAAGAUACAUGCCAGAGAACAAGCAGUCCUUUCAGUACAAGAUGUGGAAAUUUGUGGUGUCGCCUCCAUUCGAGUACGCCAUCAUGACUUUAAUCGCCCUCAACACUGUCGUGCUGAUGAUGAAGUUCUAUGGAGCUCCAGACCUGUACGAGGCCAUGCUGAAAUACUUAAACAUCGUCUUCACAGCCCUCUUCACACUGGAGUGCAUCCUCAAGAUUAUUGCCUUUGGUCCACUGAACUACCUGAAAGCUGCCUGGAAUGUGUUUGACUUUGUGACUGUGCUUGGAAGCAUCACAGACAUCUUGGUCACAGAGAUAAAGGACAAGAUGAUCAACCUGAGUUUCCUGAGGCUGUUCAGGGCGGCUCGUCUCAUCAAGCUGCUGCGGCAGGGCUACACCAUCCGCAUCCUGCUGUGGACUUUUGUUCAGUCCUUCAAGGCUCUGCCGUAUGUCUGUCUGCUCAUUGCCAUGCUGUUCUUCAUUUAUGCCAUCAUUGGAAUGCAGGUGUUUGGGAACAUCGAGCUGAUUGAGGAGACGGCAAUAAAUCACCACAACAACUUCCAGACCUUUUUCCAGGCCCUGACCCUCCUCUUCAGGAGUGCGACAGGUGAGGCGUGGCAUGAGAUCAUGUUAGCGUGUCUCAGUAACCGGCCGUGUGAUAAGCUCUCAGGAACUGUAGGGAAGGAGUGUGGAAGUGACUUCGCCUACUUCUACUUUGUCUCCUUCAUCUUCCUCUGCUCCUUCCUGAUGUUGAACCUAUUUGUCGCAGUCAUCAUGGACAACUUUGAGUAUCUGACCAGGGAUGCCUCCAUCCUGGGGCCACAUCACCUCGAUGAAUUCAUCCGCGUGUGGGCAGAGUAUGACCCCGCUGCCUGCGGCCGCAUGAAUUACCGCGAUAUGUACGAGAUGCUUCGCGACAUGUCCCCUCCGCUAGGUUUGGGAAAGAAAUGUCCCCCCCGAGUCGCCUAUAAGCGAUUGGUGAGGAUGAACAUGCCCAUUGCGGAUGACAACACAGUGCACUUCACCUCCACGCUGAUGGCUCUCAUACGCACGGCCCUGGAGAUCAAACUGGCAUCUGGGGUCCUGGCGCAGCGUUUGUCUGACGUUGACCUGAAGAGGGAGAUAAACAGAGUCUGGCCCAACCUGUCGCAGAAGACUGUCGACCUGCUGGUGACGCCGCAUAAAUACAACGAGCUGACUGUGGGGAAAGUCUACGCAGCUCUGAUGAUCUUUGACUACUAUAAGCAGAACCGUGCAAAGAGGCUCCAGCAGCAGCAGUCUUCAGGGGGACAACAGAGUAAACUGGGGGCGCUGUUCCGUCCUGUGCUGCCCCUCACUCACAUACUGGAAGUAGAACCCCCAUUCCCCAUCCCCAAUAAGCCCCCCCACCCCAGCCUGAGCCUGAAGCAAAGCCAGAGGCAAUGCCCGCCACCGCCACUGCUGCCACCUCAGUCAACAGGGACAUACUAAACCAGAGGAGUGCCAUAAAACAUUCCCAGUCCGGAGAUGUUUCUCAGACAGCACAGAGGCCCAAAGGCCGAAGGAAACUACAGAGAGGCCAGUCAGAGGACGUGCCAUAUUCCACCAGAC